GGUGUCUUCCAGCCCUGCUUCUCUAGGACUCGAGCGGUGUAAAAGCAGCCCCGCUCAGCCGGGACCUGUUUGUGAGGCAGCUCCGGGGAUCCCCGCGUCAGGUCCCGGCAUGAAGGCAGCGGGAGCCCCCACCCGCUGCCGUGCGAGCCGCCCCGGGGCAGAGCGGGAAGCCCGAGGCCCGGGGCGGCGCCCCUCAGCCGCGCGGGCGGGAGCGGCAGCGGGAGCGGCAGCGCCGGGCGGGCAGCGCGGGCCGGGCUCCCCCGCCCUCCCCCGACGGCGUCACCUGCGGCACCUCGGGCGGCGCGGCCACCGCCCGCCAGGGCUCACACCCGCCGCCACUUCCUCGUUGCGCGGCCGGCGCCGCACGGACACGCGGGGCGCGGAGGCGGCCGCGAUGCGCAGCGCGCAGGGGCCGGGCGGGGUGGCGUCCCCGCCGCGCCGCGGCUAGCGGGGCUCGACGGGGCGGGCCGAUGCCCGAGGCCGGGAACGGCACCCGCUUCCCCUUCUUCUCGGAGGUGAAGGGCGAGGCGCACGUGGCGCUGAGCGCCCUGGAGUCGGCCGUGCUCGGCGGCGUCUUCGUGGCCGCCCUGCUGGGCAACGCCCGCGCCAUCGCGCUGCUGGUCCGGCGCCGCCGCCGUCGCCGCAGCCUCCGCGCCGCCAGCGGCCUCGUGCUCAACCUCUUCUGCGCCGACCUGCUCUUCAUCAGCGCCAUCCCGGCCGUGCUGGCCGUGCGCUGGACCGAGGCCUGGCUGCUGGGCGACGCCGUCUGCCACCUGCUCUUCUACGUGAUGAGCCUGAGCGGCAGCGUCACCAUCCUGUCCCUGGCCGCCGUCAGCCUGGAGCGCGUCGUCUGCAUCGUCCGCCUGCGCCGCUCGUCGUGGGGCCGCGGCCGCCUCCUGCCCGCCGCGCUGCUGCUCAUCUGGGGCGCGGCCGCGCUCGCCACGCUGCCGCUCUGCCUCUUCUUCACCGUGGUGCGCCAGCCCGUGGGCGGCAAGGAAAUACAGGUGUGCACCUUGGUUUGGCCCAGCGUUGCAGGAGAGAUAUCUUGGGAUAUAACUUUCAGCAUCAUCAUCUUUGUAAUACCAGGAUUAAUCAUUGUGAUCAGUUAUUCAAAAAUUUUGCAGAUUACAAAAGCAUCAAGAAGAAGAUUAAAUGCUGGUUUAGCCUACUCAGAACAUCAUCAGAUUCAAGUUUCCCAACAAGAUUACAAACUAUUUCGAACUCUGUUUGUGUUGAUGAUCUCUUUCUUCAUCAUGUGGAGCCCAAUAAUCAUCACUAUUCUCUUAAUUUUAGUUCAGAAUUUCAAGCAGGAUUUGAACAUUUUGCCAACAUUUUUUUUCUGGAUAAUGGUCUUCACUUUUGCCAAUUCUGCUGUCAACCCAAUUUUAUACAAUGUUACCCAUUUCAGACAUGAAUGGUACCGAGUUUUUUUCUGCUGUGCAACAUCUUCAGAAAGGACAGCAGCCGGUACGGACACGAUAGUAAGAAGACAUGACCACGAACAACCUAACGUGUGUGUUAUUUCUAAAUAAUUAUUUGAUGGAGGUACAGUGAUUGAAAAGUAAGAGCAGAAUUGUACUCUGCAAGGCAGAUUUUUACCUAGUGAAAACUGUAUUGACUUUAAUACAGCAAAAACAGUUUAUAGUGCAGACCCUUAGCUAGUAUUUUUAUUAUUUAUUUUUUUACUAAAGAUAGAAAGCAAGUUUUUACACCCCAGUUAAAGAGUUACAUGGAUUUGUAGUAUCCUAAGCAGCAAAAAGAAAAAGUUCAUAUACAUUUUCGUGCACAAACUAACUUGUGCAUACCUGAACAUAAGUUUGUGUAGACUAGUCUGUUUUUUGCAGCAAAUUCUAAUCUUAAUAUUCAAAUGUGGAUUUUUAGAGUUCAUGACUUUGCUGACAUCCCAAGUUUGGAAAUGUGACCCUUGGUGUUACUUAAACUCAGGCACUAUUUUACUAGAUCCCACAAAUAAAGUUACAGCAGGCAGAAAUGUUUACUGUUUUUACAGUUAUAACAAUCGGUUCUUUACAAAAUCGGUUCUGUGUCAGUCCAAAAGAAAUCUAAUAAAUUAAAGCUAUUUUGUGAUGUGAUUAAUAAACAUCUUUUUUUCUUUAAAUAUUA